AUGAUAGGUGCACCCGCCACAUCCGUGUCCCCUCCCUCCGCAUCGCAUGUCUCUGUUAAACUACCACACUUCUGGCUGCCCAAUGUGGAGCUUUCGACUGCACGUUGCGAGGCUGAAUUCGUAGCCUGCAACAUUACUCGUCAGCAGACCGUGUUCAACCAUCUGCAGCGCAUUCUUCCUGACGAAUAUGCCGAAGACCUUUGCGACCUCUUCAUCCAGCGUUCUUCGGAGCAGCCCUUCGAUAAACUGAAAGAGGCUAUGGUAAAGCGCGUGGUAAUGACAGAGGAGGGCCGACUACGACAACUCCUCCAGAUGGAUACUCAUCCCGUGAGAUUCGUCAUCUAGAUUUCAUUUCCCAGUUUUCUUGCAUCAUUCAACAUGUCCACGGUAAGUAAAACGUGGUUGCUAAUGCUCUCUCCAGAAUUCAGGUGAACUCCGUCACGUCACAUGCAAUCGAUUUCACGCUCAUGGCUGACGCUCAACGCACUGAUGACGACCUCCCUCACGAUCGCCCUACGGACUCUUAUCUAAUUCUCCUAGAUGUCCCUCUUCCCGCUCAAGCUGGCACCAUCACUUGUGACCUUUCUACUGGUCACGACCGCCCAUUUGUCCCAGCCACUAAGCGCCGACAAGGCUUUGAUAUCCUUCACGGCAUAUCCGGUCGUCAUGUCCACUGA